AUGCGACACGCAAUUGUCGUUGGAACUUGUCUGGAUCUUGAGCUCCUUCGGGGCCGACGAUAUGGCGUGACGAUACUGAACAGCACAAAUGAGUUGAUUGGAGAGAUCAGGCGGCUGCUUUCCCAGGUUCGUUCGACACCACAUCUCAAUCCGGCUGAGCGCAAAGAUGAAGGUCGAUUCGAUGACGGCUCAAGAAAUGUUACUAGUGGCAAUGUCGGUAUGGAUGUUGACCUUGACGAUGACCUCUUGUUCGCGGUGAUGCAUCUUGCAAAGGCUACUGGGACCAAAAAUAUGAGUAUGCCCUCUGGACCUCACCAGUUUCAUAGCGAGAGGUCGAAGCACCUCUUUAGACCUCCCGUCUUUCUCCGACGCCUGCAGUAUUUGCAUCUCUGGGGCUUAUCAGACACUCCAUCCCCAAGCUCUGAGGCUUCUCUUCACCUCUCAAAGCUAGAACUUCUCGUGAAUCUCAAAGGUGGUCUUCAAAGGGUGAAGGCUCCUGGUUUCGCAGAGGCUUUGCAUCUGUUUGACAUCCUCGAGAGCGCGAGGCGCUUGGAGAAGCCGAGAUUUGAGCUGCCCAAAUCGAGCAUUGAGUUCCUUGAGGAAAAGAUGCCCACGUUGAGGGAAGCUGCUGCUCUGAAAACGCAGCAGACUCGGCUUGGGGUGGAGAUUAAUCGACAUCUUCCUGUGAAGUCGCCGCUUUGCGAGAUUUUCGGGGAUAUCCAAAUUUUCUGCUCCUGGAUCUCCUCGCUCGCGACUAUGGGCUCUGUGGGCCAUGUUCAGGACGGAAAUCGAGAUUCAUCCUCCUCUACCCAAAUGGUCUCGGCAGAGGACGUCAUCGUGCUCAGAAACCUCGUUGAAUACCGUCUUCUGGCAUACUGUCCGGGUGUGAGCAAUUCCGUCGAGAGUGUAAUGUGGACAUCAGCAAUGAUCUUUGUCCAUGGCGUGAUCUUUCCACUUCCACACCCAGCAGCAGCGCCGUUGAAGAUCCUCAUCCGCCGGCUCCGCAAAGCUCUUUCUAAUCAUCUAGCAAGCCGCCGGUCUGAGCUUCGAUCCUUCGACUCUCUUCCAUGUGGAGAGCGAGAUUCCGGCACGAGAAUUCUGAUAUGGGCUGCGACAAUGGGCACCAUGGCGACGUCGGACUCCCCAGACGAGGCCCAUGAGAGGGCGUUCUUUCUUGACAGUCUCAGGAGCUUCGUGGGAGGGUCGGCGUCGAAUAUCUCGAGCUGGACACAGUUGAAGAGCGUUCUGGAGGCGUACCUGUGGGCGGACUGGGCGUGUGAUGCUGGCGGAUUGGCAGUUUGGGAAAUGCUCUCCGUAAAGAUAGCCAUCUCAUAA